CACUCUCUCCAUCUGUAUAUAAGCAUUCUUCCAUCUUCAUUUUGAAUGGAGAUUUCUACUCUUUAAUCAUUUUAAUCCACUGUCAUUUUCUAAGUCAAAAAACAUCUUCUUUGGUCGAAAAUCAAAAACAUGACCGACGUCUAGCCCCCUUCACUAGAAAAAACGAAGUCCUCCUUUGUCUGGUCAUGUGUCCCAUCGCUUUCCCUUCAUUUUCUACAAGUGUCGGCUCUUCCAUGACGACAAUGACUCAACUCAUACCCACAGAAACUCCCUACCUCUAGCUCUCAACCUCCACAACCUACUCCCCUCCUCCUCCGCCACACCUAGAUCCGCCGUCCCAACUUCCACCCCUCCUCCUCUGCUAUGUUACGGCGUCGCCUCCGCCACCAUCACCACGCUCAAACCCAUGUGCAAGACCAAAAAGAGCACGCAGGCGAUUGAGCCAUCCCGGAGCCCCCGCAAGCCCCGGACCUCCAAGUCCUUCUCCUCCUCCUCCAACCCCAACGACCCUUUCUCCGGCAACUACUCCGGCACCACCGGCGGCAACAACUCCGCCAGCUACGACGGCAACUCCAAAUCCUCCACCGCCUCCUCCGUUGCCUCCCUCAAGUCCCUCAAGUCCUCCCUCCCCGAAAACCCCAUGAUCUACGACACCUCCGAGAUCUCCUCCUCCACCAACAACUUCCUUAGCCACCGCCUCUCCUCCUCCUCCACCUCCACCUCUUGGCGCUGCACCCUCCGCGGCAAAGACGCCGUCGUCUUCCAGCGCAAGUCCCGCACCCCGAUCGACAUCCCUGACCUCCAGCAGAGCCUCUCCCUCAUCUCCCGUUCCCACCACUCCAGCAUCAUCAAGCUCCUCGGCACGUCUCUCUCCGGCAGCUACGUCUACCUCGUCUACGAGUUCGUUGACGGCGCCAACCUCGCUGACUGCCUCCGCAACCCUAACAACCCAAGCUUCACGGUCCUCUCCACCUGGCUCUCCCGCCUUCAGAUCGCCACCGACCUAGCUCACGGCCUCGACUACAUCCACCGCUGCUCCGGCCUCGGCUCCGGUUUAGUCCACAACCACAUCAAGAGCUCAAGCAUCAUUGUCACUUCGACUACACUGAACGCGAAGAUCUGCCACUUCGGCACGGCGGAGCUUACAGGAGAGAGCAGAGCCAGGUCGAAGAAGGUGGAAGGAACAAGAGGGUAUAUGGCGCCGGAGUUUCAGCUCAGCGGAGUGGUGACGCAGAAAUGCGACGUGUAUGCUUUUGGGGUGGUGAUGCUGGAGCUGAUGUCAGGGGAGGAGGCGUUGAAGUAUAAGAUGGAGGCGGAGGAAGGCAGGUAUAAGAGAGUGAGUGUGAUAGAGACGGCAAGGGAGGCAGUGAAAUGUGGUGGAGGAGUGAGGAGGUGGGUGGAUAGGAGGCUGAACGACUCGUUUCCGAUGGAGGUGGCGGAGAAGAUGGUGCAGGUGGCGCUGGAGUGUGUGGAGGAUGACCCGGAAAGGAGGCCGGACAUGGGUCGGGUUGCGGGUUUGGUUUCUAAGUUGUUUUUGGAGUCGCAGAAAUGGGCGGAUAGAAUAGGGUUGCCUCUCGACAUCUCUGUUUCUUUGGCUCCAAGAUGAUGAUGAUGAUGAUUCAUUACUUCACUGGAAUCGAGUAGAAGGCAUAUUGGGUUUCGAUUUUUGAGGUGGAUU